CGGAGCAGCCCCGGCGCCUGGCGGCCUGAACCUGGGGCUGGGGGGCCGGCGAGCGAGGAGAAGCCUCGGCCCCGAGCGCUGCCUCCAGCCCGCAGCUCCGGGCGGGCUUCGUGACCCGAGCCGGGGCAGCGGUGGGAUGCGCAGGGACCGCUGAGGCCGGUUUUUCUUCCCGGGCCGUCCCACGGACCUCCUCUGGGAGCGGCGGGACCGGCCCCGGGUCCUGCGUGGCCGUGGGCGCUGCCCCGAGCACCCAGUGCUGGGAAGAACCACCCUCGGCAUCCUCCGGGAGACAAAAGGUGGAGCCCGGCCUGUUCGUGGCGAGCGCCUGCUCCUGCUUCCCCUGGGCCGCUCGUCCCCGUCCUGGCGUGGUCCCACCGGCGGCCCCGGGGCUCCAGGGGGCUCUGGGGCUGGCGGCUCCCACUCGCUGCCUGGGGCCGCCAUGCCCUCCCCCAGCGACUCCAGCCACUCGCUGACCGGCCGUACGUCUCGCAGCCUCACCCACCUCCGCGUCCAGAGGACCUGGCUGCAGAUCCUGCUGGUGCUGGGCUUCAUCCAGGUCAUCCUGGGCGUCCUCGUCGUCACCUUCAGCCUGGUGGCAGCCACCAUCACGCCCUCCGCCAAGAUCCGUCACUCCUGCCCCUCCUGGGCUGGCUUCUCGCUGGCGCUGUCCGGGCUCAUUGGCAUCGUCUCCUGGAAGCGGCCCUUCACCCUGGUGAUCACCUUCUUCACGCUGCUGUCGGUGCUGGGCGUCAUGCUGAGCCUGGCCGGGUCCAUCUUGUCCUGCCAGAACGCGCAGCUGGUGAAGUCCCUGGAGACCUGCGAGAGGGAGAAGGACUCGUGCAUCUGCUGCCAGACCCACCUAGAGAACACGCCUGCUUCCUGCAGCCAGCAGGGCGAGAUGCUGACCAUGUUCCCCAACCCUGACUGCCGCAGCAUCCGCGUGGCACUCAAGGAUCUCCUCUUCAGCGUUUGUGGCUUGACCGUCUUCUCCACCAUCAUCUGCACGCUCUCUGCCGUCGUGUGCUGCAUCCAGAUCUUCUCCUUGGACAUCGUCCACGUGCUGGUCCCCCAGCGUUCCAACUCCGUGACGCUGGAAUGCACCUCGCCCCCCGACACCUUUCUGCAGAGCAUGCUGGACUUCGAGGAGUUCGUGCCUCCGGUGCCACCCCCCCCGUACUACCCACCCGAGUACACGUGCAGCUCCGAGACCGAUGCGCAGAGCAUCACCUACAAUGGCUCCAUGGACAGCCCUGUGCCUCUCUACCCGACUGACUUUCCCCCCUCCUACGAGACCGUCAUGGGGCUGCGCGGGGACAGCCAGGCCACGCUGUUCGACUCGCAGCUGACUGACGGCUCGCACGCCUGCACCUGCGACCGCGUCCCCUCCAUCGUGCUCAGCGGAGAAGUGUCCAUGGACAGCGGGUCCCUGAUCAUGUCUGAGAUCGUGGAUAUCCCCGGGGACAGCAGCCCCUCGGAGGACUCGUGCCUGCUGGAGCUCCAGGGCUCCAUGCGCUCCGUGGACUACGUCCUCUUCCGCUCCAUCCAGCGCAGCCGCGCUGACUACUGCCUGAGCGUGGACUGUGUGCAGUGCAGCCACCACGCGCGCAGCCCCACGCUGGGCUUGCAGGGGCCCUUCGAGGAGACGCCGCAGCCCCGGGCACGUGGCGAGCGCUCCUACUCCUGCUCCACGGCAGAGCCCGGCCACAACGGGAUCUUGGUGGGGGGAGCCGUGACCCACAGCUGCAACCGCCUGGAGGGGCUGGCCCGCUGCAUCGGGCCCUGCUUCCCUGAGGUGCGACUCAAGGACAAGAGCUCGCUGCAGGGGCAGAGGGGCAGCCGCUCCGCAGGACCCGGCAGCAGGCGCCUCUUCCACCCGCGGCGCAACAGCGAGACCUCGUGCCCCUCGUCUCCAGCCCCGGGUCUGAGCCAGCGGCCACUCGUGAGAUCGCACAGUGACCCCGGUGUCCUGAUGGUUGGUGACACCGCAGAUUUCAGGGAAGUACUUUAUACCAAAGCACUGGAGGAUACCGUGUCCAAUUCCUCUGCAGAUACAGGGCUGUGCUCGGAGGCCUGCCUGCUCCACCGUUCGCACUGUGACUCGCCCCCGCUGCUCCGCGCUGGCUCCGUGGGGAAGAACAAGCUGCCGGUGUCCAAGAAAGUGACGCAGCAGCUGUCGAAGACAACGACCCGCUCCCUGGGGGACCUGAAGGUCUGCCGGGGCACCCGCGGGUUGGUGGCCAGGUUUCUGCAGAGACCCAAGCGCAACCCCGCAGCUGGAGUGGAGGUGCCUGGGCACAGCCCCCAGGGGCACAAGCAGCCCUCCCUUGCAGGACACUGGAGGCCUUGCGCAGCCUGGGGAGCCGCGAUGGGAACGAGUCUGUCCUUAAUGACAGCGUAUGCGUGUCAUGCACGCCUCUGCCAACCCCUGCCACUCCUGCCGUCCUGCCCAGCGCACCUGCCAGCCUCCAGCCUCCUUGCUGGAGCACACGGGCUCCCCAGAAAGCACGAGCCUCCCCUCCCACUGCGGGAGGUCGUCCCACGGGGUGGGCAAGCACUGCCACAGCCUGUCUCCAUGGGGUUGCAGGUCCCCUGGAGCGCCUGGCCAGGAGCGGAGCAGCCCCAGGAAGGCAUCCACCUGCGGAGCUGCGGGGACCUGAGUUCCACCUCAUCCCUACGCCGGCUCCUGUCCGCCCGCCGGCUGGAACGUGGCCGCCCGCGGAGCCUCAGCGGGACCUGCAAGGAGAGCGUCCUCUGAGGGUGUCGCUGGCCCCGUGGCAUGGCCUCGGCCUCCGGAGAGACCCCGGAGCUGGGGGGUAACGGGAGGGCCCCGCUCCUGGACGCUGCUGCCCGCCUGCGGGGCUGGGCCCUGGUGUCGCUGUCCUGGGGCUUCCUCAUGGCCCCUUCCCGGAGUCGGGGGUGAGGGGCUGGUCCCCUGGGGUGGCUGUUGUGGGGCCAAGUGGGCUGUGCCCCCGUCCCCUGCCCCGACCCUGUGCCUGUGCCCGCAGUGCCCGUGCCUUGUCCCCACUGUCCCCACUGCUGUCCCUGGUCCCCUGCGCUGGCCGUGCCCCGGCCCCAUACCUGCAGUGCCCCGGCCCCAUACCGGUAGUGCCCAGGCGCCAUACCGGUAGCGCCCUGGCCCUGCACCCACAUCCCAGCCCCGCCGGUUGUGCCUGGGCCCCCCAGCCCCGUACCGCACCGGCCGUGCCUGCGUGUCCCCGCGCCCCCCGCCACCCCGGUACCGCCCCGGGGGUCCCUGCACAGAUGGGGGGGGGGUCGGUAAGGGGGGGAGGGGGGCCUGUCCCGUUGCCACCGGGCCGCGGCGCUUGCAGCUGCUCUGCCACUCGCUAGAGAACCAAAUAAAGGUGUUCGCCUGCCCG